AUGGGCGCUAUUACGACGACCAAGACAAGUUCUCGACCAAGUUUCAGCGAGUUACCCCUUCGCAAGGGCGACCCCAAAGCAUCUGCAUGGGGCUUAUGGGGUGCUGAAGAUGAUUUAGGAACUCUCAACUUACUCAACCCAUCUCUGGUCAAGGCUGCAACUGCUGAGGUUGUUACUGGAGAAACGUCGACUCUUCAGUACUACAAUGGUGUGACUCAAGACGACAUAUCCGGUCCUAAAGCCAACCUAAAGAUCGGAGUCCAAAACAUCGCUAACAAGACCGUCACUGGCCGCGGUAUUCUUCUGGAUUGGCAUUCGUGGGCCAUGGAACAAGGUAUCCAAAUUGAUCCGUUCUCAGCUCACGGUAUUCCGCUCUCCGAACUGAAGGCCGUUGCGAGGGCCCAAAAGGUCCACUUCCGCCCUGGUGAUAUACUUCUAGUCCAAACCGGAUGGCUCGAGGCUUAUCGCGCUCUGUCCGUGGACCAGCAAGCCGCCCUACCACGUCGGCAAGUCCGAUCAAGUUGCGGAGUUGAAGCGACUGAAGAGUCUAUCCAAUGGCACUGGGACAACGCUUUCGCAGCUGUAGCUUCUGACACUGUUGCGUACGAGGCCUGGCCUAGCCCGAAGCUAUGGGGUGUUAGCAUGCACGAAGUCUUCCUCAGCGGAUGGGGCAUGCCCAUUGGAGAGAGCUUUGAUCUCGAAGACUUGGCUGCGAAAUGUAAGAAGGAGCAGAGGUGGUCAUUCAUGUUUGUGAGUGUGCCGUUGAACGUCCCUGGCGGCGUUGCAAGCCCGCCAGGAGCUGUGGCGAUCUUCUAG